UUUUUUUUUUUUUUUUUCCUUUUUUUUUUUUCUUUUUUUUCUUUUUUACUUGGAACAAAAGCCAAACUUUAAGACGUGUACAUUUCCCUGGCUGGGCGCCGUGGGAUAACACAGCCAAGAAACGCCGGCGGGAGAGCCGGAGCCGGCUGGAGCCGCAGGACAUCCCCCGCCUCUGUCCCACCGCAGCCCCGGGCAGCCGGCAGGGGCUGGAGGAGCGAAGGAGUUAAAGGGAGGCGCUUGGGAAAUCUGAUGCUAACGAAGCCCCAGGAAUGUUGCACAUUUCCAUUCCCCUCCAGCUUUCGGAGGAGGCUGGUCCCCGCUGUGGGCAGCCGCUCCGAGGAGCACAGCCCCGAGGCCGCACUUGCUCCGGGCAUCGCCCCGCACCUUCCCGCAGGUUACGCCGGGAGACGCCGGGGAGGGACGGGGGUGAAAGUUUUUCCUGGAUUUGGGAUGCAGUGACGGUACCUGCACAACGGAGGACGAGAGGGGUGUGGGGGGCGGGGUUCCGCGGCUCAGCGCACCGCGGCUAGGGCGGAGGGAGCGGGGCAUCUGCCCUGACCCGCCGCGGUCUCUCUUCUCUUGCAGGCGCGGCCAGACAUGCCGGGGAGACGGCUGUGGUGGGCGCGCUGCUGGCUCGGCGUCUGCCUCUCGCUGCUGGGCGCGGGGGGCGGCUCGGCCGAGCCCUGCCGCGGCCCCCGCUGCGGCGGCCGGGCCGGGCGCCCGGCGCGCUCCUUCCUGCACACCGCCGCGCCGCUGCGGCCGCCGCAGGGCAGGGCAGCGCCCGCCGCGCCGCCGCCCGCCUGCCCCGGCGGGGACUGCGCCGCCAACGCCACCCGCCGCGACUGCCCGGGCCUGGAGUGCCGCCUGCUGCCGCCCCGCCUGCGCCCGCGGCCCCGCGGCCCGGGCUGCGCCGCCGCCGCCGAGGGCUGCCCCGAGCCCGCGCUGCUGCGCGCCGCCGACAGAGCCGCGCACUUCGCGGGGGACGAGUUUGCCCACGGCGCUCCCGAGCGAGGCGGCGCCCCGGGCGUGCAGCUCACCUGCGACGUGAAGCCAGGAGAAAAUGAAGUUCCAUCUGAAGAUGCCCUAAUACUACAACUGCACCUUGCAAAAGGGCACGAGAAAUUCACUGAAAUGCUAAAAAGCCAGCAGCAGAUCAUUGUUGAUUUGCAGCAAAAGCUUGCUGAACAGCAGCACAUGUUGGUUAGUCAGCAACGGGAGAUUCUUGAACAGCAAAGAAAAAUGUAUGAACAAAUGGAUCUGAUCAAAGUCCAGUAUGGCAUGCUUUUUGAUACAGUGAAACAAAUGUCAUUUCAGAGUUUGCAGGAAGAUAUUCAAAAUUAUUUUGAAAAUCAUCUUCAUGGACUUCAGAACCAGGUCAGAAAUCAUCUCCAGAAGUCAUACUCUGUGCACAAAGUAGAAGUGGAUGCAAAAGUGAUUAACGUUGGGGAGUCUUUGCUGGACUGUGGCCUUUGUGAAAGUGAUGAAUUUUGCAAUUUCCAAAAGACACCUUCACAAUGUGAAAAAUGCACAUUGUGUCCUGCUGGUUUUUUCCAAAUGGCCGAGUGUUCUGCAAACUCUGAUCGGAUUUGCCAGGACAGAGAUGAGUGCACUGAAUCUCCAAGCAUUUGUGGUGAGAGGAUAAAAUGCCUCAAUACUCCAGGUGGUUUCCGAUGCCUUGGAAUUGCUGAGAAAGAUGCAGCUUUGGGAAUGUGUGGAGAGGAACAUUUCUUUAAUAAGGAAAUGCAGGAAUGCCAAGCAUGUUUAAAGUGUGAAGAUGGAAUGGUGGCCGUGCCUUGUUCUGCUGUCAGUGACACGGUUUGUUCAGCAGCCAGUGAAAACAAGCUCUCAGAGUCUUGGGCUGCAAACGUCGUCCUGCCCUCUGUAAAGUCUGGCAUCUCUCAGGUCUACUCUGGCUUGAACUUGAAGAUAAAGGGGAAGCUUCCCUGUGAUAUCCUGUCCACUGAAGAGAGCAGCCUGGUAUUCAGGCAACAUGGUCUGUUGUGGGCGGACCUAAAUUUUGCAGUAAAGCACAACUGCAGGAACUUCUUGCAACUUUCCUUAAAGCUUAAUGGCAGCGAGGAGGACUAUGAACUGAGUGGUGUUCGGAUCGAGCAGCCAGAAGGAAAAUAUUUCCAGAGCACUAGUUUAAGCAGUGCUGCUGAAGUAGAGCCCAGCCAAACUCUUUCUGUGUAUUUGAGGAGCCCUAAUCAAUUCUGCAAUCAAAGCAAAGACUUAAAUAUUUAUGAUCUUAAUACCCCACUCAGUUUGUUUUGGUUGUCCCACGACACGGGUGCUGUGGCACUCAGUGCACAGAUGUCAACAGCAAUGCAUUACCAAACCAACUAUCGACCUACCUUUAAAAUAAUUUCUGUUUCUGACCCUUACAUGCUAAGUUUAUCUCACGAUGGCAGAGCUAUAAAGUUCACUGAAACUGGUGUUGUCAAGUUUGUGUUUCAUCAAGCAUUGUAUUCCAUGGGUCAUACGUGUGUCCGGGAGGGCUUCUCCCUAAUUUCCUACAUCAAUAGGAAUGGUACCAACAGAGAAUUAAUGAAUGUGUUUAAAUCUGGGGUAAAUUACAGAGACACAUCGAUAUCUGCUUCUGGGGCCGCAAAGGUUGGUGCUGGAGAUCUGGUCAGCUUUGAGAUACUCUCUCCUGCACAGUGUAAUGUUCGCUAUUUUGGAGAUAGUUCUGGAAUUAGUGUGUUCAGCCUCAUCUGGAUCCCUUCAGCAGUUUCUAGUGCCAUAUCAGCCACAGUUUCUGUUACAGGUCUGCCUACUGGAGCUGUGAGAAACAAGCUGCUGGAUUUCACCCAGGUCUCAUCCAAUGAGAAACAGAUGCAGCUGGUUUCUUCGGGACAGCUUGCUCAGAAGUAUUUUAUUUUUACUGAAAAGGGAGUUGCCAGCAUUGCAUUUAACUUAAAGCUGAUCCAUUCCUGCAAUGUGCUCAAAGUGACUCUCAAUCAGUUGGCCAUGGAGCACAUGCAGCCCACAGCAAUUGCUCAGCAGAUUGGAGGUCAGAUGCCAGAGGGAAGCAUUUGGACCAGCGUGUCCCUCCGUGCAUCUUUUGGGGUACAUAAUGGAACACUGAUAUCAGUUUCUCUUGACUGCGUGCGUGGAAGGAUCAAUCAGAUCGCUCACGAACAUGGAACCAGUAUAUCUAUUUUAUGGAUUUCUUCUUAAUUUCUGCACAGUGAGGUUAGCAUGGAAAUGGGGUUUCAACUGUAUUUGGAUUCUACUCUGAUUUUAUACAUAUUUGACAUUAUCUUGUGUUGACUUGAGCAGAUCAUCCCACAAAAUGCUCUCAAUUUUAGGAAUAUUUAAUUAUAAUCUUAACUGAAUGAUCACUGUUUAAAGAAAACAAGACCUUUCAGUCAAGAUUUUAAUCCUGUUACCAUCUUCAGACAGGGGAAUGUGGAAUUCAGAUCAAACUCCCAUAUUUUUAAUAAAUAAAUAUCUUAAAAUUGAUUAUUUCUGGACCACAAAAAAUUGCAGCUGAGGGUAAAUAGCAUUUAGUACUGUAACUGAAAAGCACAGCCAAAUAAUUGAAACCUGCUUUCAUUUUUUUCAUGCAACAGGCUAGUAAAAAGACUAAAUGUCCUGUGGGGCAAAUUUGUCUACAUCUUACAAAAUGUUGUGCUUUCCAUAAAUGGAGAGAACAUGUCUCAAAUAGGUGAUAAUGUGGCAACUUUCUUAAUAUUGUGAAAAGGGACUGGGUCAAAAAUAGAAUAUUGUUUUUACAACAAAAACAGUGGAACUAAUGACUGCUCUAAUUUCAUUUGGAAGUGAUCUGCAUUUAAUUAAUUUAGAAAGGCUUUUCUCUGUUUUUAGUUUUGCCAGUGAAAAGUAGCAGAAUGAGAAGAAAGGAAGUCUGUUCUAACAAGAAAAAGUACAUAGGCAAAAAGAAACAAGUACUAAAAGAAUGUCUUGAAAAUUAGACUUCUGAAAAUUAAGCAAAAUUUUAUUACAUUUCUUUCAAACAGCAAAAUACUUUUCUGAUUAAAAAAAGCCAACCUGUUAUUCACAAGUCUGUUUUCCUGAACAGGUACUUACAUUAAAAAUGCACUUUUUGUUUGUUUGUUUGUUUUUGUCAAAUCAGUCAGUUAAGGAAAUCGUGUAUUCUUUGACACUAAUUUUUAUCUUCUUCCAGCUCUUCCAUCAAACUCUUUUUAAUCUUUGUUUUUCUAAACUGUGUAGACUGUUUUCUCCCACUUUCCCAUUUCUCCAUAAAUGCUUCUUCACUCUCAUUUCUCAUUUCUUUUGUUAGGAGUAAAUGAUGUGCCUUGUCACAUCUCUUUCCAGCUUUCUUUCAGCAUUCCUACAAAAGGGUAGAUGUUUGUGUCGCAGAUGUAACUACAGAAGAGGGACAUUAACAUGCACUUGCAAGCUGCCUUAAAUUAACCCUACUGAAAAGAAAUAUUAUGCACAAUAUAACUUUAUUGUGUCUGCCUGAGUUUGUAUAUCUAAAAUAUAUGUACAUUGCUGUGUUUUGGAGUUUGUUACACUGUUUUUGCUGUAUAAUGGCCUCCUAUAAUUUUCUGUAAUAGAAGGAACCCAAGUGCAAGUCUUCUAUCUGAUCAUUGGUUUAACUUGUGACAUUAUAACUGUGUCCUU